AUGGGGUAUAUCGACAGUAUUCCUACACCCAAGCCAAGCAUAGGUUAUAUCAACAGUAUUCCUACACCCAAACCAAGCAUGGGGUAUAUUGACAGUAUUCCUACACCCAAACCAAGCAUGGGGUAUAUCAACAGUAUUCCUACACCCAAGCCAAGCAUAGGGUAUAUCAACAGUAUUCCUACACCCAAACCAAGCAUGGCGUCUAUCGACAGUAAACCUACACCCAAACCAAGCAUGGUGUCUAUCAACAGUAUUCCUACACCCAAACCAAGAAUGGGGUAUAUUGACAGUAUUCCUACACCCACACCAAGCAUGGGGUAUAUUGACAGUAUUCUUACACCCAAACCAAGCAUGGGGUAUAUUGACAGUAUUCCUACACCCAAACCAAGCAUGGGGUAUACUGACAGUAUUCCUACACCCAAACCAAGCAUAGGGUAUAUUGGCAGUAUUCUUACACCCAAACCAAGCAUGGGGUAUAUUGACAGUAUUCUUACACCCAAACCAAGCAUGGGGUAUAUUGACAGUAUUCCUACACCCAAACCAAGCAUGGGGUAUAUCAACAGUAUUCCUACACCCAAACCAAGCAUGGGGUAUAUUGACAGUAUUCCUACACCCAAACCAAGCACAGGGUAUAUCAACAGUAUUCCUACACACAAACCAAGCAUGGGGUGUAUCGACAGGAUUCCUACACCCAAACCAAGCAUGGGGUAUAUUAACAGUAUUCCUACACCCAAACCAAGCAUGGGCUAUAUCAACAGUAUUCCUACACCCAAGCCAAGCAUAGGGUAUAUCAACAGUAUUCCUACACCCAAACCAAGCAUGGGGUAUAUUGACAGUAUUCCGACACCCAAACCAAGCAUGGAGUAUAUUAACAUUAUUCCUACACCCAAACCAAGCAUUGGGUAUAUCAACAGUAUUCCUACACCCAAACCAAGCAUAGGGUAUAUCAACAGUAUUCCUACACCCAAACCAAGCAUGGGGUAUAUUGAUAGUGUUCCUACAAACAAACCAAGCAUGGGGUAUAUCGACAGGAUUCCUACACCCAAAACAAGCAUGGGGUAUAUUAACAUUAUUUCUACACCCAAACCAAGCAUGGGCUAUAUCAACAGUAUUCCUACCCACAAACCAAGCAUGGGGAAUUCCUACACCCAAACCAAGCAUGGGGUAUAUCGACAGUAUUCCUACAACCAAACCAAGCAUAGGGUAUAUCGACAGUACACCUACACCCAAACCAAGCAUAGGGUAUAUUUACAGUAUUCCUACACCCAAACCAAGCAUGGCGUAUAUCGAUAG